GGAGGCCAGAUCACAAUCAGUUGCAGUCGGUGACCAGACCUGUGCACAGUGAUGCGGUUAAAGGCGAGUCUGUGUGUGUUCCUUGUGGUGGCAGUGAUAGUGAGCGAUGGGAAGAAGUCGUUUUCCUUAGGCAGGAGAAAAAGCGGAGGGAGCAGCAGGAGAAGCGGGUCUGUCAGCCAACCCAAACAGCCCGCUCCGGCGCCGGGAACUUCUCACACGGGAUCGGUGAAUACGAACUUCUUGAACUCCGAGAGAGCAGGAUCUUCCCACGGAUCGGGUUCUGUCAACACUCACUACCGGGGCAACCUCUUCGGCCAAGACCCUCCGAAACAUAACGUGCCCCAAACCAACGGACCUAUAGGUUUUGAGAAGGUAAAUAAUCCGAACCAAAAUCUCGGGUUUGGAAAGGUAAAUUCUGAAGUACAACAGAAGCCGGGAGGUUCGCACGUCCCUAGUGCUCCUGCGUACCCUGGAGGAGCAUCUUACCCGGGGAAACCUCCUGCCGGUGCUCCGAACGGCCCGCCACCCGCUUACCCGGGUAUCGGUUCCCCUGGUACUCACACUGGAGGUUACGAACCCCCACCGGCCUAUCCAGGACGUCCGGUCAACGCUCCGCCCGUGUACUCAGCCAAUAAUCCCAACUAUGGACAGAGACCACCGGGCCAACCAGGUGUAGGAGGAUAUCCUCAACAACAAGGUGCGUAUCCUCAGAGUCCUUACCCCGUACAACCCGGGGGCUACCAACAAGGAAAUUACCAUCCACAGACUUCUUAUCAAGGUCACAACAUUCAAGGUCAACAAAACUUUGGCUACCCGAACACUGGCAAUAAUUUUGGCAGCUAUCCACACGGUUAUAACCAGGGUUUUGGAUCCUAUCAGGGUGGUGGCUUUGGUGGUUCGCAUCCUGGAGGAUACGGGCAAUCCUAUCCGGGCUAUGGAGGUGGUUCUUACGGAGGGUCACCUUUUGGGCAUUCAAACUCUUUCGGCGGAAGUCCCUUUUCACCGGGCUUUGGCGGUAACUCCUACGGUGGCUCUAGUUUCGGUAACCCUCAUUACAGUCCAAACAAUUUUGGAUUUAGCAAUAGCCCUGGGAUUUUUGGAUCACAAAAACAAAGCUGGUUUGGAGGUGGAGGAUACAAUAAUUAUGGGUACCAUAAAAGAAGUCGAUUUGGAGGUUUGCCAAUUCCAAUACCGAUUCCGAUCCCGAUACCUUUCGGAGGAUUCGGAGGCUUCGGUGGCCGCAGUUAUAACCAUCAUGUACUGGACAGUUUUGUUAAGAACAAAACUAUCAACAAUUCAGACAAUGAGACGACUUCUGUGUAUAUCUUAAACAAUUCUACAGUGACACCGUGCACCACAGAUCAGUUCAUCUACGAUUCCCUGAACGUCACAGUCAUGUCCUGCACUGCCGGUAACUGCACCGCGAUAAAAGUCUUCACGACCACCAACGUCUCAGGGGAGGUCUCCGAACACUCUGCCGCGAUAACCAUGUGCCUCGAGCCCAACGCCACUUACAGCACUCACGCCGACAACAUAAAUCCUACCGUAUCUGACGUCCAUCGCUACUGGAUGAGGCUUUGCAAGGUCGGCAAUACUGGCAACGUCACAGGAAACACCACUGAGACGGAUAAAAGUGCAGUAGAAGUAGUCGAGACUAUACUAAACGAAACCGUAGUCAGCGUUGAUAAUACAACUUUGUCUCCAGUACAAGUGAAUUCCUCGGAAGUGGUAGAGACCACGACUGAAGCAUCUGUGGUAGUGGACAGCUCAACAGUUGCGCCAACUAUUUCGAAUUCUACUCUCAACGAGUCUUCGCCACUCGUGAACUCAACCCUCUGUGAAGUAUUCGAUUGUUCUUGGAUAGAGAUGUGCUUGCCAUCAAUAGAGAUUGUGGACCGCUGUGACCAACCCGAGUGUUCAUCUACCAGGACGGGCUAUCUAUCCUGCGUCAGGAUAAAGAUGUGCAAGUCGCCUACCACUCCGAUCAGCACGUUCGCCACUCUUAACACAACGAUAUCCAAGAUCGACCAGUUCGAUAACAUAACCAGCGUCAACGACGUGGCUAACUUAACUCUGAUAUCCUACAUUCCUCCUGAACUCCCUGCCAACUGUUCUGAAGGCGCAUCGGAUCCUGCAUGCCAACCUCCAUCGAUCAUCCCGGAGGAAGUUUGUGCACCAUCCAACUCCACAGAGACCACUGGGGAUGGAUCGACGUCUUCGGGAGUCAAUCCCUCCUGUGUCCCUCCUACUCCGAUUCUUUUAGCCACCGACCCCUCCAGUGUAGACGUGACAACGACCGACCCUUCAAGUACGACCCCGAUACGUUAAGGACUCCCAGAGCCUUAAGUUGCCAUGUAUUUGAGAAUGAAACUGAUAUUGCAUGAGCUGUGACUUGUCUACGAGAAGACGACCAUGAUCUACAGUCAUUAUUUGUACAUUUUAUACCAUUGUAAACCGUAAUCCUUAUGAAAAAUAUAAGUUGUAAAUUUUUCUAA